AUGUCUUCACCAUCCCGCCUCUCCGGCCAGCGCCUUGCUACGGUACGCAUCUUCGGGAUGGUAGCACCCGCAUUCUGGCUAUACGGCUACAACCAGUCCAACCUCGGGGGCGUCGUCGGCUUCCUCGACUUCACCAACCACUUCCCAGGCCUCGACGCCGCGCACACCGAGGGCACGGUGAAGGCACACCAUGCCACGAUACAAGCCACCGUCGUCGCCAUCUACACCAUCGGCUGCCUCAUCGGCGCCCUCUCCACCAUGUCCACUGCGAACCUCCUUGGUCGCCGCCUCUCCCUUUCCCUCUACGCCGCCAUCGCCUGCAUCGGCCUCCUCCUCCAAGCCUCCACCUUCAGCCUCCCCCAGCUCAUCGUCGGCCGCAUCGUGACCGGCCUCGGCGUUGGCGGUGUCAACGCCAUCGUCCCCGUCUGGCAGUCUGAAACCACAUCCCCCAGGAACCGCGGGAAGAACGUCAUUGUCCUGGGGACUUUCGUCGCGUCGGGCAUCGCGCUCGCCGCGUGGAUCAACUUCGCGCUGAGCUUCCACCAGGGGUCGAGCCUGUGCUGGCGGCUGUCGCUGGGUAUGCCGCUCGUCUUCGGAAUCCCGCUGAUCUUCACGCCGUUCCUCUUCCCCGAGUCGCCGCGCUGGCUGGUCCAGGUCGGCCGCCUGGAUGACGCCGCGCGCGUGUUCGGCGUGAUCAAGGGGCUUGGGACAGACGACGACGAGGUCGUCGCGGCAGUCGAGCAAGCGCGGCUCGCGGUGCGCGACGCGAAGGAGAAGAAAACGCCCUUCUUCAAGCUCCUCGCGCAAAAGCGGCAGCGCAACGGCUACCGUCUGUUCCUCGCCUUCUUCGUCAACUUCGCCGCCCAGAUGACGGGCGCAAACGCAGUCAGCUACUACGGAACCACCAUCUUCCGCGAGUCGUUGGGCUUCGCCGCGCACCAGGCCUCGAUGCUCAACGCGUGCGUUCUCACGUGGAAGAUCUUCGCCGCGGUGCUGGCGUUUGUGACCAUCGACCGCGUGGGGCGGCGCGCGCUGCUGCUCGCGAGCUCCAGCGGGAUGGCGUUCUGCAUGGCGAUGCUGGCGAUAUGCGUGUCGCAGCUCGCGCACUCCAAAGCGGCCGGCGACGUAGCGGUCUUCUUCCUCUUCCUGUUCAUGGCGUUUUUCCCGCUCGGAUUCCUCGCCGCGAAUUUCCUUUACAGCGCGGAGAUCUCCACGCAGGAGCUCCGCGUGCACUCGUCUGCGGUCGGUGUUGCUACGCACUGGCUCUGCAACUUCAUCGUCGCUGAGAUAACGCCCAUCUGCUUCGCUGAGAUUGGAUACAAGACCUACAUCAUCUUCGCGGUUCUCGGUUGCUUCAUCACGCCCGUCAUCUACUUCUUCUUUCCCGAGACAAACGGACGAACUCUCGAUGAGAUCGAUCAGAUGUUCCUGCAGCCGAAGCAUUGGUGGAGCGUUACGAUGUAUAGUAAGCAUUUCAAAGGAAUGGAUGGUGCGCAGGUAGAGUUGUACGAUGGCUUGGAGAAGGAGACAGAGGAGCGGGUGGAGGAAAUUUGA